GGUUGCUUGUGGUGUCAGUGCGAGAUGCAUCGAGAAGCAGUGUUGUUGGCUGCGCUGCUUUUCGCCGGGGUACUUGCUAGCCCCGCGGCCUCUGAGCCCUCCAGGACCAAGAGAAGCAUAGCAUCGAUGCCCGAGCUAGGGUCUUUGUUGUCCCCUGGCUUCGUUCAGCGGGUGCAGCAGGACAAGGAAGGCGACCAAGAAGAGGUUCAGGACAAGCGGCAUUCGAAGCACCACCCAUACAGCGAAUAUCUUUUUUGGCUGCGGUCUGGAGAAUGCCCAGAUUCGGAAGAAGGCAGUCCAGGGUUCUUCUGUCCAACUCCAGACACGAACGGCCAGUGGCGGUGCGUGACCGAAUUCCAAUUGUGCGACCACAUGCGCGACUGCCCGAACGGCGAGGACGAACUUCCAACCCACUGUCUCUUCUACAGUGUGAUCCAAACUCAUUUCUCGAAGCUGACUAAGAGUUUGUUGCUGCGACCCAUCCUCAGCAAACACAACCACGUAUGAUAAACUCGGACGCGGCCCUACACCCCAUGCCAUUUUAUUUCCUGAGUUACGGCUGCUCGUUGAGUUGAUUCCGCGCCCAACCCACCCUGCGGAGCCGAUCUGGCAGCUCCCCAGCCUGGAAUGGUCGCAAAUUCUGAGCCUUAAAAAGGAAUCAACCCUUGGCGUGCUUGUCACAUCAUUCCUUUGACCUCGCUUACGUUUUGCUGUGUGCUACGGUUAGUCACUCAUUGAAACCUAUUCCAUCAAGGUGCAAAUAAAAAAGUCUUUAUUUGAUUCGCUACAA